AUGUAUCCAAAUGAAUCUGUCUUCUCGCUGGUUUUGACAUUACACUCUUUGGAACUGCCUGAGGCGAACAUUUAUCCUGCGUUCAUAUUUGGAUUAACAACAUACUUGUUUAUCUUACUUUGCAAUUUAACAAUCAUUGUCACCAUUUGCUCAAACCGAAAUCUUCAUAAACCAAUGUACAUACUGUUGCUCAACCUGCCGAUCAAUGAUGUUUUGGGGGCUAUGUUUUUUCCUCAGCUGCUGUACAGUAUCUGGUCUCAGGACAGAUCUAUAUCUUACUCUGCAUGUUUGCUUCAAGGCUUUUUUGUACACUUGAAUGGCGGAGCCUCUUAUCUUAUUCUUACCGCUAUGGCCUAUGACAGAUAUAUCGCAAUCUGCUGCCCACUGAGAUAUGGAGCUAUUAUGACAACCAAUAACUUGUUGAAAAUCAUCAUUGGUAUGUGGCUUUUUAAUUUUGUUGCUAUAUCCGUAAUUUGCGUUCUGUUGUUGCCUUACAGGAUUUGUCAGACACACAUGACUGAUCUUGUGUGUUAUAAGACACCAUUGAUGAAACUCUUAUGCGACGGCAUAGAGGUGAACAAUAUCUACGGUCUGUGUUGCAUCAUUUUUUACCAUGGCCUUGCUCUCUCUGUUGUGGCUUUCACAUAUAUUCAUAUAUUAAUCACUUGUGUUACUAACAAGCAGUCAGAGGCAAGGGUUAAGGCUCUUCAGACAUGUGGGACUCAUUUGGUGGUCUUUCUGUUGUUAGAAAUCAACACUCUUUUUCCUCUUCUUGCACAUCGAUUUGAGAUCAUUCCUGCUUUCCUACGCAGAGUGUUUUCUAUAUCAAAUUUUAUCUUUCCUCCUCUUGUGAAUCCACUUAUUUAUGGUUUUAAAACUAAAGAGAUCAGGCAGAAAAUUUUCAAUGGUUUCAAAAGCAAGAUAAACAGCAUCUGA